ACUAGUUUUACUUUAAAAGGAGAAGGUCAUGGGAAUUGGGUUAUGAUCAUGAGGCAUGAGCACACCUUGAAACUCUGACAUCCUUCUCCACUCAUCGCUUCGCUUCUCUUGUUUUCUCUUCGCUCCACACACACACUCACACUCUACAUUACACCUUGUCCAUCUCCAAGAGAUGGUAAGAGCUCCUUGUUGUUCAAAAGUUGGAUUGCACAGAGGUCCAUGGACUCCCCGAGAAGAUGCAUUACUCACCCAAUAUAUUCAAUCCCAUGGGGAAGGCCAAUGGAGAUCACUCCCUAAAAGAGCUGGCCUUCUUAGAUGCGGGAAGAGUUGCAGGUUGAGAUGGAUGAACUAUCUGAGACCAGAUAUCAAGAGAGGCAACAUAACACCCGAAGAAGACGACCUCAUCAUUAGAAUGCAUUCACUCUUAGGGAACAGGUGGUCCCUCAUCGCUGGAAGGUUACCGGGAAGAACCGACAAUGAAAUAAAAAAUUACUGGAACACCCACCUCAGCAAGAAGCUCCUCAGGAGUCAACCCAAGAAGAAGAAGCAGAAGAAGAAAGACGCACAAGCAGAGGAAGAGGAAGAGGCAGAGGCAAAGAAGAAGAACAAGACCGUCGUUUAUUUACCCAAACCGAUUCGAGUUAUUCCAAGAACCAAAAGUACCCUAACCUUGGAGUCCAAUUCAGGAAGCGCAUCAACGAGCCAUGAGAAACAAGAAGUACCUGCAAUGUUGUUCUUUACUAACAUCAGUUAG